CUUCGCCACAAUCUUCGAACCCGUCAGACUAGUCAUGGUCCAACGACUUCUCAGCUCGGCCGAAUUCAAAAUGGACCCCCUCGUCUCGCUGUACUAUUCGUACCCGCAUGCGCGGUCAUGAACGGAGUCAUCACAGCUGUCGUAGAACUCCCGCGAAUCACACUGGCCAGCCGUCGCAUUUUACUCGUCAUCGCAUCGAUGGUCAUCUUCAGGGAUCCCGUCACGCCGCUCCAGGCCUUUGGGUACUCGAUUGCUCUUGUGGCUCUCAUCUAUUACAAACUUGGGGGCGAUGGAAUCGUAUCGUUCCUCGCCCAGAUGCGCAAUUCCCCAGGGAAUGAAAUAAAGUCCAACUUGUUUGGGUCAAAUGAGAGACAAAAUGACUAGUUUGGGGUUUAAGGGUGAUGUUUUAUUUACAUAG